GCUUUAAAAUUUUUUCAAACCUAAGCUUUCAUUACUACUUCACUUUUUUUUUCCCACUUCCAAAGAGCCUUGAGCUUUAUCUAUACAGAGAACAUUAGGGCUUGAUGUACAACUGGAAAAUUAUACAUCACAUCAAAGGCACUCUGCACUCCAUCCACACAGAAGUGCCACAGUAAUAAAUUAUAUUCAGGUUAGGCCAGAUAACAGCACUUUAUCAUGUAACUUUUACUGUAUUACAAAUAGGAUUAUAAUAGAAAUGCGUUAAAACCUAACACUUAUACUUAAUUUUUAAAAUUAUGCAUAAAACCCCUUUAAAGGUACAUAUCUAAAACUCAACCCAUAGGCUUGUUUUGUUUUACUUUUAAUUAUCCAUUAAAUUUUCUACACAUAAACUUUUAUCAAGAACUUCAGAGCCCUUAAUCCUAAUGAUCCAAUGAGAAAGGUUUGCUACAUAGCUAAUAAUUAUAAAUUACAGCACUUUAUUUCCUGGACAGCGUUGUGCCUUAGAAUAACCAACCACAUAUACAGAAAAUGGCAAAACUACACUCCCAGCCUAUAACCCUUCCAAUCCAUCCCAACAAACUUAGCACUGUCCAUCCCAAAUGUUAAGUCAAUCAUCCACUUUACUUUUUUUUGGGAUGGAGUCCCGCUCUGUUGCCCAGGCUGGAAUGCAGUGGCGCCACCUCGGCUAACUGCUACCUCCGCCUCCUGGGUUCAAGUGAUUUCUCCUCCCUCACCCUCCCAAGUAGCUGGGAUUACAUUACAGGUGCCUGCCACCACUCUCGGCUAAUUUUUGUAAUUUUUAGUAGAAAUGGGGUUUCGCCAUGUUGGGCAAGCUGGUCUCAGAACUCUUUACCUCAGAUGAUCCGCCCGCCUUGGCCUCCUAAUGUGCUGGGAUCACGGGCCACUGGCCGCAAUCAUCCACUUUCAGAACCUGUUGCCAGAAGUGUGGGAUAGCUGUACUGUAAUUCUAACUAAAGGAGAUAUAUAAAAUCAAGUAUCCCUAACAAAAAGAUGUUCUAAGAACAACUAACCAUUAUUCAAUUCUUUGGCUGCAAUUCAUAUUGUAAGCUAAUUAGUACUAUUUCCAAUAAUAAUGAUUUUAACAUUUUUGCCUAAGAAUAUUCUGAUUCCUGUGUUUGCUUAUACCCAAUAUCCAAAAUGUUACACAACAAGCACUACUUUCUGUCACUUCUCAGUACUUUUCACUUGACUUGAAGCAGCUAGUUUAUGUCUAUGCCAAUUUCGCUUAAUACAGAAGACUCUAAUAUUUUAAGCAGUUACAGUAUUUACAAAAUAUGUUUUUCAUUUUUUUCUCUCAUUACUAAAGUUGAUGUUAUUUCUCGUGGUAAAUUCAGAAAAACAUCAGGGAGGAAACAAUGCCAACAUCUGAGCAAACAUUUUGGGGUAUAUCUCUAUUUUCAUGUUUACAUUGUCGUUUAAAAAACAAUCAAACGACAUUAGUAGUUUUACAACAUUUUCCUUUCCAGUUAAAACUGUAUACCGUUACCAUUUUCCCAUCAUACUCUUCACCUACGAUACUGUUUUAAGUGGCUGUAUAGAUUUCCACUUUCACAACAGAAUUAGCAGAUUCCCAAAACUUGAAUAUUUUUUAAAAAAUUCUUAAUAACUGAUAUUAAAUUUAUAUACGCAAAUCUGACACACUACUUCCUUAGGAUAAAUUCCUGUACGCACAGUCUUUCCAUUUUAAGCCUAUUAUACUAUGAAGGAGUCUGAAUCAACAUCUAAGAGCUCCGAGAGUUCGACACCAGCCUGGGCCACAUUGUGAGAACACGUCUCUACAGACUAUCAAAAAAUUAGCUUGGUGUGGUGGCGCGCGCCUGUGAUCUCAGCUACCCAGGAGGCUGAGGUGGGAGGAUUACUUAAGCCUGGGAGGUCAAGGCUGCUGUGAGCCGUGAGCCACUGAUCAUACCACUGCACUCCAGUCUGGGCAACAGAGCGAUCCUGUUUCAGAGAAAAAAAAGAUCCAAGACCUCUGUAGACCACACUGACAGCACUGCUACUAUUUGCAACUGGUCACGACCUAUCUGGGCUUUAACCUUCUCUUCUAUAAAAUUAGGGAUUUGAACUACGUGAUGCUCCUAAAAUACGACACCACCGUUGCACUCCUCAGUAAAAACCAUUAACUGACUUGUAAUAUUAGCGUUUACAAACUCUAAAAGCAUUAGUAAAAAAAAUCAGUAUGUUUAAAGACUAAAACAAAUGCACAGAUCAAGGGUAGUUAAAUCCUUCCAAGUUAGUUCAAAAUGUGAUAUAAAAGCUGUACACGGCUGAAAAAUAUAUAAAGAUGAUAAAGCGAAACUUCUCUGGGUAAAGUACAAAGUAAUGUUCUAAGUAUACACUGUUAAGUGCAAAGGAAGAAAUACAAAUUUAAAGCACUUCAACACACAUCUGGCUAAAUGAUCUUUUCCAAAUCUUACAUAACCAAGAAACUUCAUGCAGUAUUUUAAUGUUGUUUAAUUUCGAGUUUGCAAAAACAUUCUAUUUAAGUGGAAAAGGCAUCAUCCAGAGCGUUUUUGCAACGAAAAUGUCAAGCCUUUCUUGAUUUUUAAAACAAUACUGUGAAAAACGUCGAUAGACUGCGUAGAUGACUGAGCCAUUAGUAAAGAAAUGUUUUUAAAGGGAAAUUUUAAACAUUUAUUAAAAUAGCCUGAAACAUCAUUUUUGUCCGCAUAAACUGUUUAGAUUUCCCUGGGAGAAAAAUGUAUUUUACCGACUAUUCAGAAAUCUUAAGCCAAGGUUUAAAACACAGAACGCAGUACCAAUACAAAAUCUCGUGACCCCUACCUACGAAAUCAACCAUUCUUCACAUUAUUCCAGCGCGCCCGAAAGACUAGCCAUUUCAGAACCACCAUAACCGUUCUAGAAAUAUCUGGCUAAAAAACUGUAACUGAUCCAAUAGGAAUAUUCCACAGAACAGGGCCACAGAGCAGGAUAAACACCUAGGGGAUAUUCAUCCACGGUAAAUGCCAAACACAGAACAUGGCACAGAGCUCGAAAUGCAAAGAACGAUGCGGCGACUACACCACGGUACUCCAAAACCCUUUGUCUGGAAACCGGAAGGUCCUACACCACACGAUCCUCUCUGGAGGAACCUGGACUAAUACUAUUUUGAUAAAGAGAAAAAGGAUGUGAGGUGACUUGACUAAACAAGUGCAAAUCACCCGCCUCGCACUGUACUGCAGGCGGCUUGUUCCACGACGCAGUACGAAAAACAAGCGUUAACGCUUCAUUUUUCGGCCAUUUUUACGCGAUGGGGGGCGGGGAGGAAUUGUUUCUGAUGUCCAGCUAACGCCGCGCGCGCGCGCGUGUAGGCCGGGAGUCUUAGGGGGCGCUCUGAGGCGAUGGGCAAGGAGCGGCGUGAAGGCCGAGACACCGGGAAAAGAAAGAAACGCUGCUCAAACAAGCAGGCUCUUCAGAGUCUGCGAAAUCCUCCAUUUUGGGGGAACAUUUUCAGAGAAAAAAAGGCGAACGGGUUAUUUGGCGCUACCCAAGGACUUAGCUAUCUUAACCAUCCUCCUCAAACGGCAAGCCCCCAGUGUACAGUCUGUCCCUCAGGCCUCGAGCGAGCUCCUCCCUCCCCCUCAGCGCCGCGGCCCGCGUGUAACGGGCUAGUCGUCCUGCCCCCGCCCACAACGAGCCCAGGACGCGCAGGAAGCUCGGCCGGUCAGCGCACCUCUUCACCCAAAAUCUCCUGCCGCACCCUGGGCCCUUGGCCGGCCGCGUGUUUCCCUCCCGGACCGCUCACCUCCGCCGCCCUAGAAGGCUGGUUGCGCCGCCACUGCGCUCCUAACAUGGCGGCCGCCGAUCAGGCGGCUCACAUACGCAACGCGGAGGGAGGCAGAGCGGGAGCGAGCAAGAAAGGCGCGCCGCCGGCUCCCCGCAGCCCCUGUCGCCGUCGUUGUCCCCUCCCGGCGGACACGGAGAACCCCCAGCCACCCGACCCCGACUCUUACCCGCUUCACGCCUACCUUAGGGAAAGGGAGAGGGAAAAGGAGAGGUACCUCUCUCCCAGCGAGCGGGACGCGGAGACUCCCACAAUCCCCCGCAGCAACGGCGCUGGCGAGAAGCGGCGGCAGCGGCUGCAGCCCAAGAACAAACCCACUCUCGCGAGAGAGCUCGCCCCCACCCCCUCGAUCUGGUUCGGCGCGCGCCAGGCACCUCCCCCUACUCAGCGCGCGCACCUCGCUCGUGCCCUCGCCUGCGGUCGUUGUUCUUUAAUCCGGGAGAUCCCUCUCCGUCAUCCAGCUGAGGCGGGAAAUGGAGGAACAGACGUGGCUUACGAGUUCGAGUCCCAUUCCCGAAAAAGCUGUUUGUCAACCUCCUGAAUAGCAUAAUACAAAGUUUAAAUAGGGUAUGCGUUAGAAGGGAUUCGCGAGAGUCCCUGGCUUAGACCAGACUUUUAUGCUCUCUGGUUGUUCUGUUUGCCAAGGAAUGGUGGAAAGCGCCAGAUAUUGGGGCCACAAAGGGAAAACGAUACCAUUUUGGCUGGUUUUUAUUUAGGACAAACAGAACCCACUGCACACUACAGCAAGAGUAGCCAAGAUGUUGACCAUCUGAAACAAGGAGCCAUUUCGGUUUUACCAACUCAGACUGAGAUUGUGGCUGAGUUUGAUAAGUGCAGACUGCUAUUCUUUCUUAAGACCUCUCCCUUUGGAGCACAUUAAAAGUGGAGAGAACUGCU